AUGGGAGCAGGUGCCACGACCGGGGAGGCAGCAGGUGCGAACACAGGUGCGGGCAGUGCCGGCGCCACGGCUCUUACGAUUGGGGGGCAACAGCGCGGAAAACUGGCGAAUAGGCCGUUCCAAAUGCGGGCGGUGGAAGCGCUGGAGCUGGUAAAGGUGCUGGCAGAAGUGGCGCAGGGGCUGGCAACACCGGUGCAGGCCCAUAUGCAGGGGCUGGCAAUACCGGUGCAGGUCCAAACGCAGGGGCUGGUAGAUAGGGUGCUGGUAUUGCGUGUGGCUGUAGAACAGGUGCUGGUAUUGCGUGUGGCUGUAGAACAGGUGCUGGUAUCUGGGUUUGCAGCAACGGAGCCGGGGCUGGUAAUGCAGGAGCAACAGCUGCCACUGGAGGUGCUACUGCGUGUAUCGACCUCACCGCGUUCGGGAAGUUGUAAAACGGAGCAUACCGAACAAUCGGUAUCGAUU